UGGAGAAAUGGAUGGAUGGAUGGAUAAGCAACUUGAUAAAUGUAUGAAUGGAUGAAUGUAUGGAUAAAAGGCUGAAUGGGUAAAUGGAUGAACAGAUAAUGGAUGAAUGGAUGGAUAAAUAGAUUAUUGGUUAAAUGUAUGGCUGCCACCUGUGCACCAGUUUGGGUGCACUGUCCCUUUAAGAGCUGAGAGCUCGUGCGCCUCCCUCCGCCUUAACCGUCACUGAGCUCCAUCAAACAGCCGGAGAUAAGCCCGUCUUUCCCCGCAGGUGAUGUUCUACCCUCUUCACUCGCUCUUUACAGGUAUGCAGGGCCUGUGUCCGGUUCUGAGAAGGAUGGAUUACGUGUGAAGCAGACCCAUUUUUCAUUAUCUCUCUUUCUCUGACCGCUUCCUGCCCUUUUUACUGGAUCACCAUGGCGUUGUGUGUCCCGGCCUGCUCUCCGGUCGCGAGGUUCUGCCAGAAACUAAACCGGCUGAAGACGCUGGAGGAUGAUGUUAUGGCAACAUCUCUGAAGCGUUGUCUCUCCACCCUGGACCUGGCGCUGCUCGGGGUUGGCGGAAUGGUCGGAUCGGGCCUUUAUGUUCUCACGGGAACCGUUGCCAAGGACACAGCUGGACCGGCUGUGGUCCUCUCUUUCCUCAUUGCGGGCGUGGCCUCUCUCAUGGCAGCACUUUGUUAUGCUGAGUUUGGUGCACGGGUCCCAAAGACAGGCUCCGCCUACAUGUUCACGUACGUCUCUGUUGGCGAAAUAUGGGCUUUCCUCAUUGGCUGGAAUGUCAUUCUGGAGUAUAUGAUUGGUGGGGCGGCCGUGGCCCGGGCUUGGAGCGGCUACUUGGACUCCAUCUUCAACCACCGCAUCCAGAACUUCACCGAGAGUCACGUGAUGCGCUGGGAUGUGCCUUUCCUCGCUCAUUACCCAGACCUCCUUGCGGCAGGCAUCUUGCUGGUGGCUUCCAUGUUCAUUUCGUUUGGCGUGCGCGUCUCGUCCUGGCUCAACCACAUCUUCUCCGCCGUCAGCAUGGUAGUGAUCACCUUCAUCCUGGUCUUUGGCUUCAUGCUGGCUGACCCAGCCAACUGGAGCGCUCGAGAAGGAGGUUUCGCCCCCUAUGGGCUGUCGGGGGUCAUGGCAGGAACAGCCACCUGCUUCUAUGCCUUUGUCGGAUUUGACGUCAUUGCGGCUUCCAGCGAGGAGGCGCGGGACCCUCAGAAGGCCAUUCCCAUAGCAACAGCCAUCUCCCUGGGCCUGGCUGCCACAGCCUACAUCCUGGUGUCCACGGUUCUGACGCUGAUGGUGCCGUGGCACACGCUGGACCCAAACUCAGCACUCUCUGACGCCUUCUUCAGACGGGGCUACAGCUGGGCCGGCUUCAUAGUGGCUGUGGGGUCGAUCUGUGCCAUGAACACAGUUCUGCUCAGCAAUCUCUUCUCCCUGCCGAGGAUCGUGUACGCCAUGGCGGAGGACGGCCUCUUCUUCUCCAUCUUCUCUCGCGUCAACCCUGUCACCAAAGUCCCAGUCAUUGCCAUCCUCGUCUUUGGAAGCCUCAUGGCUUUGCUGGCCCUCAUCUUCGACCUGGAAGCUCUGGUCCAGUUCCUGUCCAUCGGUACUCUUCUAGCCUACACCUUCGUAGCAGCGAGCGUAAUUGUGCUACGUUUCCAGCCCGAAAAAAGCAGCAGUGCCUCAGGUGGUGGAGGCACCAAAACAGACGCGUCGUCCACGGCCUCCCCCAACCAGCCAGAGACUCAGGGAGUCCCCAGCAUGACCAGAUCUGAGACCCAGACGCUGGCGCAGGAGGCCGGAGAGCUGAAAGAGUACGAGUCCUUCUCGGAUAAGCUCCAGUUAGUGGAAAAGCAGAAGGCAGUUAGAGAGCGACGAGCCCCAGGCAUGCUCAAGGCUCGCUGGGAGCCCUAUUUGGGACGUUUGUUGGGCGACUGCGAGCCAGGAGACGUGGUGGCCUUCUCCGUACUCGCUCUGAUGGUCAGUGCCGUUUCCCUCUGUGCUGUUCUGGUGUUUGGGAAUAGCUACCUGCACCUGCCCACAUGGAGCUUUAUCCUGCUGCUGGUGGUCUUCAGCCUGGCCUUCUUCAUCAGCCUGGUUCUCAUCUGGGUCCAUGAACAGCAGACCAAAACGAAGACUUUUCAGGUUCCUCUGGUUCCGUUUGUUCCUGGGGCCAGUAUCCUGCUGAAUGUGUUUCUGAUGCUGAAGCUCAGCGCUCUCACCUGGCUCCGAUUCACCAUCUGGCUGGCUGCAGGUCUGCUGGUGUAUUUUGGUUAUGGUAUAUGGCACAGUAAGGAGGGAUUGCGGGAGCUGCAGGGUAACGAUGUGUCGGCGCGUUACGUGGUCCUGCCGAGCGGGAGCCUGGUGGAGACCGUCCAGAACGUCCAGCCUGAGGGACAUCCACACACACACGCCACACACACACCAGACACCAACGACCCGCCGGCCAACAGAUGAUCUGUCUCUGACCUGGAACAUGUGUGCAGCAGUUUAUUUGCCAGAUAGUCGUGUGUGUGUGUGUGUGUGUGUGUGUGUGUGUGUGUGUGUGUGUGUGUCUGUGUGUGUGUGUGUGUGUGUGUAUGAGUUUUUAUUUUAUUUUCUCUCUCUCUCUUUCUGCUGUGCUCUGCUCUGCCUUUCAUCUGCCUUCUUCUUGUGAAGAACACAAAUAGUUUCUAUAUCAGGGAUUAUUUAUGAUCUUCAGGAGACACUGAAUCACUGAGUGUCUGUGAAAAUCCACCCGUUUUAUGUUAUGACAGACUUGCUUUUGUUCACAUGCUCAGUGGCAGCGCCGACUGAGUUUAGCCGCUGUUGCUAAGCUGAAGGGAAACUGUUUCGUUUCCAGUCUCAGUUCAUACAGUUUCUGUGUGCAGUCAGUUGGAGUUGGUUGGGCCUCGCUGUUCCAGCCCGCUGUGUGACCCACUUAAAGGAGCAUUUCAGUCAAACCAUGCUAAUGUUGCUAACUGUGAAUGAAAGUGAACAGUCACCAGUUAGCAUUUAGGCCCAGUCACACUUGCGUUUACCAGCAAAUUUUCACAACCGCAAGCAAUGGAAAUUGCCCCAUUGAGCUAAAUUUUGCCACUUUUUGGUGAACUUUGAAAUGCAAAUUUGCAUCUUUGACCGAUCA